UAAACGCGGAAGAACACGAUCUGUGUGUGUGUGUGUUUUAAAAUUCGGACGAGUUAAAACUGUCGAGGAUUCGGCGAAGAUCAAUAUAUCAAAAUUAACUCAAUAGGAUUGGAGAGGAUAUCGCGUUUCGCACAAGCUCCGCAAAGCUUUAUCUGAAAUUCUGUCCACCUGGACAGUCGUCGUCGGUCGAGCUUGCGCAGUUCACCCUCCCAAUAUGGAUUCCACGAGUCAUACAUGUCUCUCGCUAAGGGUGAAACAAUUAUAAACCAAGUAUCGCGUCCCCCGUCAGUGCUCUCGGGUAAUCAUUCGCUUCUCGUCGUCGCAACGAUCGUCUCUGACUUACACGGUUCUGUGUAUAGUCUAUCGUCAUAUAGUUAGAGAACUCGAUACUAGGUAUAAUGUCGGAAGACUAUCAAUACGCUUGCGAGAGGGCGGAAUUACUGGGCUUACCCAAGCCUACCGAAGAGGAGUGGAAACAAACGCAAGCGGCGCAGAACGAAAAUCGUGACAACGAUGAUGAUGCUGGCGCAUUACAGGACUUGGAUUACGCAGACAAGACAGCCGGACGCGUCACCGGCGGUCUGGACGAGCUGAACAGCAUUCUGAGUACCACGCAGAAGAAGCUCAACAGAUUCAAGAACGUUUGCGGCAGUCUGGGUACGUUGCUCAAAGUGAAGGUGGGUUCUCGAGGUGGCACGCCGCAUCACAAACCGGAGGAAAACAUCGAGAAGCAGGAGAGCGAGGACAAACCGGAAUCCACGGCUGACGAAGUGAUGACGGUGGAAACGUCAGCGGACACGGUCGCGGAUGCUUCCGCGGAGGAUCCUGAAAGCGACUCGGUCGCCAACAGCGGCUUCCAGCCGAGACAGCUCGAUCUCAGUCAGAAGAUGACGUCUCAUCUGGGCAAACUGGAUUCCCUGAUCACGAAAGCCGAAAAUGCACAAUACAGUAUGCAGCAUCAGUCCAAGCAGAUGCGGAAGUUCUUGAAGUAAAUAUCUCCGAAGAGAAUAUCGUCGGCUACAUUAUAAGCUUGCUCACAAUUAGCAAGAUACAUUAGCCGAUACGUUAUUAUUAAUUAAUGGGGAUAUCGGCUCUGAAUAAUAAUUCGCGCAAGAUUUAUUGUUACACGAAUUAAUUUACAUAAUCUUCUAUUUUGAACAUAGAAAGUUCACGCGCAAUAGAAGCUAUUUUACAUUAAUAUGUUACAUGCGUAAAGGUGUCAAGAAAUUCCUCAAAAUUUCACGGAAUUUCUAAGUGAGUAACGAAAACAUUUUACAUUUCUAAUUAUAAUUAGCAAGAUGUAAGAACGAAUAUGAUAAUCAGCUGGGGCAAACUAGCGUGUAUGUAAAAAUUCGUGUUUAAUCUUACGUAAAUUAUAACAUAUAUAUAUAUAUAUAUUGUUACAUUUUGAGUAUUAUACGAAGUUUAAUCGUUAUUACAUCGAAUAUUGAUAUUUGUCUUGUGAUAUAUUUUUGUUCGUCGCGAGGUGACCCUUGUAUGAAUAAUUGUUACAUUCUUUUAUAUCUCACACAUGACAUUCUGUCUCUCUUUGUCGUUGAGAGCCCAAUACUGUUACGAUAAUAGAUACGUAUGUUGUCAUAUGUACAUGUAUAUACAUAUAUAAUACGAUAUAUAUACAUAUAUAUACACACACACAAUAUAUACAUAUAUAUACACACAAAUAUUGUUGAAUUUGUCAUUGUUACGUAGACACGUCUUUUCGAUGUAUAAUUGGAGCUUUGUGCUUGGAUCCUUGACAAUAUAUGUAUACAUAUAUAUAUCAACAUAUCAAGUGUAAAGAAGAUGGAGAUGUGAAGGCGCAUGUCGGGCGAGCCGGUGAUAUAAACUUUCCUAAACUCAGCAAAUAAUGUGAUAUUGUUUUACAUCGAUGUAGAAAUUGUUACGACCUUCUAACGACCCGUAUAUAUAUUUUUAUUACCAAAUAGUUUGCGCUCUAUAUUUUUCUAAAUCUAAGUUUCAAACACAAUGCAUAAAAAUAACGAACGACGGAUAUAUUUUACGAUCGAACAUAUAGUUUGCUCUAUACCUCUUGUACUUAAUGUUAGACUAAAUAAAUAUAUAGCAUAAUGACUGUUUGUAAGUUGUGAGACAUGCUCGUCAUAUUAUUCAAAGCAAUAAAUUGUGUUGAGUGCCUUGCUUUCGAUUAUGCAAAACCUCCUCCGUGUAAAACGAUAAUUCGCAAAUUUGUGAUUGUAACCCUCUUUGGAUCAAACACUGGUAUUAUUUUUUCAUUUCUUCACAUACAAAAUUCUUUCAUGUUUAUAAAAAAUUGUUUUACGAACUAGAAAUUAGAAAAAUUUAGUGUCUCUGUUGCGCUUACUUUAAAACUGGAUAAUUUAGUUUUUUAUAAUAAUGUUAUCACAUUAAAACAAAAUAUUACUUCUUUUACAAUUUGCUUUACCAAAAAAAACUUUAAUCCAUAGAGGGACUUUCUGUCACACUACAUAUCUAUAUAUAAAAAUAAAAUUCUUCCGCUAUAAUAUACAAAUAUCGCAGAAAAUAAUAUAAUCUACCGCGCUAUAUGUUAUUAACAUAAUGCUUGUUUAAUUAACAUCCAAUGUUAUUUCUAGUUAUAUAGAUAAUUUUUGAAUUAUACGUUUUAUUUUUACUGACGCAUUUGAAAUGUAAUAAUUUUAUUAUCAAUAUUGUUACGAUGUAAUUUAUUCUCGAAAAUAUCUA